UGCAAUUUUUAUUUUAUAACAAAUUAAACACUUGGUUUUUGGUGGAGUAGUUAUCAAUGGAAAGCCCGAUGUUUUAAAAAACCCAAGAUUUCUGACAUAAUUUGACACAUCCUUAUUUUCAAAAAUAUUCUUUAAACAAAGUUUCUAGAAUUUAGAAAUGCAGUACAAUUCUGAACACGUAGAACGUUGAAACUACUUGAAAUCCCACCGGUGCAGCAUCUAUCAAGCCAGCAACUUGAGACGAGAUGAGAUUUUGAGUAAAGAGCUGUUAGUUUGUAUCGCUAUACUGUCCAUACGUACGUACGGAAAAGUCUGGCUGAUCCUGAGUCGGGAAUUUGAGACUCGCCCGUAGUAAAAAGAGUCGGGACGAUGAGACUUUUUGGCUCAGUAGUGUUCUGGGCACGGUAUCAUCACAAGCAGCCAAAGCACACACACACGCAGUGAUCAUUUACAUACAUCUACGACCAACGUGAGACAACGAGGAAAUCUCACAGGAAUCAUCUUAUAAAAUAAAAAUUUCAAAUUUUGUGCACCUUGAAACUGUGAAAGUUUACCAAUCUCACCUGGAAACCAUGUCCUCAUAAUUCUUGAACUACCAAAAAAUAAAAUUCCAGCACGAAAAUGCGUCCCUCUUCAAAGAAACAAGUGGAACCCGAGAAGCGGAAAUUAGUCCCAUCUUCCUCCCUCUCAUCCUCCUCUGAACCUGAUCACAUCUCCUCCGAAGAUGUCGACGACGACGAAGAAGAACUCGUCGUCCCUCAUGACGCGGACCAUGACCACGACUCCGAUGACGAUGACCACCACCACCACCUCCAGCAUCGUCACCCCCACUCCACCCAAACGUCCGUGGACAUGGGACGCUUCACCAACAUGUUGGUAGAAGACUUGGAAAUUAUCGAUACCAUCGGGGUUGGAUCCUUCGGAAAAGUGGUGUUGUCCCAUGACGUGGAAACUGGGGAAUAUUACGCCCUCAAAGUGCUCUCAUUUUUCGACAUCUUGCACGCCAAGCAGACCGACCAUGUGAGAAAUGAGAGGGACAUGCUCCUCGCCGUGAGGGGACAUCCCUUCAUUGUGGACUUAAAAUGGUACGGGAAGGACACGUAUAAUGUUUACUUCCUCAUGGAAUUCGCAGCAGGAGGGGAAUUGUAUUCGUAUCUUCACAAAGCGGGACAGUUCUCGCCGGAAACUUGUGCUUUCUACGCCGCCGAGAUUGUAUGCGCAUUGGAUUUUAUGCACGCGAAUGACAUCGCACAUAGAGACUUGAAGCCUGAAAACCUUCUCUUGGAUCAAGACGGCCACUUAAAAAUUACGGAUUUCGGGUUUGCCAAACAGUUUGAGGAACGAACAAGGAGUGUUUGCGGCACGCCGGAAUAUUUAGCCCCAGAAAUUAUCGAGGGGACGAGUUACACCAAGUCGGUGGACUGGUGGGCGUUAGGUGUCCUCAUGUACGAAAUGCUUACGGGAAAUUCGCCCUUCCGUGGUAAAGGGAGAGAUCGACAAGCCACGUACGACAAGAUUUUAUGUGGUGUCGUCAAGUUUCCGAAAGAAGUGGAUCCCGUGUGCAAAAACUUUGUGAAAAAGUUGCUCGUCCGGCAAGAAGUUAGACUGGGUUCAAAGAGCGGCGCUGACGAGAUAAAGAGUCACAAAAUCUUCCUGCAAUUCGACUGGGAUCAAGUAUACCAGAGAUUAUUGGUGCCACCCAUCAUUCCAAGCGUCUUUUUUCCCGGUGAUACCGGAAAUUUCUGCAAGUAUCCCGAUUCAUGGAGUGUGCACCCCGUCUCGUCGCAACAACAGAGAAUUUUUGCAGAUUUUUGAUUCUACUCGGAAGUGGAGAAACUAUUAUUGCGAUGAAAGCAUGGCAUUGUUGCAUCGCUCCCAUUCCAUGAAGUUGAUAAGUACUUAUCUACAUAUACACAUUCAUGUGUAUAUUCAUGUGUGUCACAUGAAUCGAUGUAUCGUUUUAAAGAAUAUUUAAAUAUCGCAUUCAUUUUUCUGAAGGCGUCGACGAAAUUUUUAUUUUAUCAAAGAUCUCACUGGUCCAAAAAUAUUAUUGAUGCGAAUGUCGUUACAUACAAAAAAUUGGUAAAAUUUCUGCCAAUUAUUACUGAAUACUGCGAGAUUUACGGGCAUAAUCGGUUUAAGAAUUUGUUUUUAACUUAACAAAGUGAAAAGCAAAGUGUUUUGUACUGUUGUAAAUAAAAAUGUGUUAAAAUCUGCAAUUAAUUAAUUCAAGCUGGCUUUUUUCAUGAUGAAUAAAAAACAACAAGACUUGUACCUAAUUUGAGGUCGUAAAAUAAUUUUUAAGAAAUAUAAAUAGUUAAAUAUUUAUGAUUAAACUUCUCCAAUUUACAUAUUUAGAUAGUUUCAAGGAUUAAAUAAAUUUUUAGAUUAUUGUUCCCGUUUAAGAUUAUAAAUAGUCAUAAAAUUCAGAGAGACUUAUUGUUGUUUUUAGUGUAAUUUAUCCCUCUUGUCCACUAGAAAAUAAGUAACGUAAUAAAAAUCGUAAAAAACUGUGA